UUCAACGCGCUUUGCUGCCGCCGUUGUUUUUGCUGUCCGCCCCAAGAAACUCCGCCUGUUGCCUCAACGUCACUGGCAAUUAAAUCCCCCGCGGUCAUGAGUUGAGAUCAACACAUAUCAUCUCAAAUAAUCCUCUCUCCCCUUUCGAUUUUCUUCUUCUAUACUUGCUCUUGAUUCCCUGUUGUGCACCACUAUCUAGCAUUAGUGUCAAAUUACAGACGCAAGUCAUGGCGCGCAGAUUUAUGAUCCCGUGGUUGUACGACCUCGGAGUGUGGAUUUUCACUCUCUGUCUGGACAUCUUCUUCCGCGAGGUCUACUCGCGCGGCGCAUGGCGGAUUCCCAAACGCGGCCCUGUCAUCAUCGUCGCUGCCCCUCAUGCAAAUCAGUUUGUAGAUUCCAUUCUGUUGAUGCGCAUCUUGAAACACUAUGCCGGUCGCAGAACCUCGUUUUUGAUCGCAGAGAAGUCCAUGCGCGAGCCGUACAUCGGCACCAUGGCCGGGUGCAUGGGCGCUCUCCCCGUCGUGCGAUCGAUGGACCAUGUCAAACCCGCCAAGGGUGAAAUUUACCUCCCCGAUCCUGACAACGAUCCGACCCUGGUCCGUGGCAGGGGAACCGACUUCACUUCCGAUCAAUUCAUGGUGGGCGGCGCCAUCAUUCUCCCGCGUGUGGGCAAAACGAGUCCGGAACAACAGGCGAUUGAGGAGAUCUUAGGACCCGAGGAAAUUCGUCUGCGGAAACCAUUCAAGAAAUUCGAGAAGGACCAUCCUCUCUACGAGCCAUUGCGCAAGGGUACCCCAUUCAAGGCUGCCCCCCACAUUGAUCAGAGCAAGAUGUUCGCUUCCGUGUAUUCCGAGCUGGUCGCAGGUGGUUGUAUCGGUAUCUUCCCGGAAGGCGGAAGUCAUGAUCGUCCUAGUCUGUUGCCCUUGAAGGCCGGUGUCGCCAUUAUCGCCCUCGGAACGCUCGCGCAGGAUCCCAACUGCGGUCUCUCCAUUAUCCCAUGCGGCAUGAACUACUUCCAUCCGAACAAGUUCCGUUCCCGUGCCGUCGUUGAGUUCGGUAACCCUGUGCAAGUUCACCCGGAUCAGAUUGAGGCCUUCAAGGCUGGUGGAAACUCGAAGCGGAACGCCGUGGGAUCUCUAUUGGAAACAAUCACGGAAGCACUCACUGCAGUAACCCAGCAAGCGCCCGACCACGAGACCCUGAUGGUCAUCCAAGCCACCCGACGACUGUAUAAGCCCUUGCGAAUGAAGCUCCCUCUGCCCGUUGUGAUCGAACUGAACCGCCGACUUCUCAAAGGCUACACCCAAUUCAAAGAUGAACCCAAGGUGCUCCAGUUGAAGAAGGCCAUCUCCGAUUAUAACCGCCGUCUCCGGGCCCUCGGAAUUCGGGAUCACCAGGUUGAAUGGGGUGACGUGACUCAUCGGCCGUGGUGGCUUGUCUUUGGUACCUUGUUAUACCGCGUGGGAGAGUUGCUUACGCUUGCGAUCGGAACCCUGCCAUCGGUGGCACUUUUCUGGCCUGUCUUCGUGACGGCCAAGGUUGUUUCGGUCAAGAAGCAGCGCAAGGCCCUUGCCGGUUCCGUGGUCAAGCUCGAGGGUCGCGACGUCGUUGGAACGUGGAAGAUCCUGGUCGCCAUGGGAUUGGCACCAGCCCUCUAUACCUGGUAUACCGUAAUUGUGACGAUCUGGCUCCAUUACUGCCGCCAUGACGGAUACUACGCGUCUGUAGCGCCAUGGUGGCUGAACGCCAGGACUUACAUCUCCGACUCGAUCCCCCUUGCAAUUUUCUCGAUUUUCUUCUUCGGUCUCAUGAUUUCUGUGUCGUUCGCGGGUCUCCGUAUCGGCGAGAUCGGUAUCGACGUUCUGAAAUCCCUACCUCCUCUUCUGCGGGCCCUCGACCCAAGAUCCGCCAACUCGCUCGCCAAACUCCGCGCUGAACGCCAGGCCCUUUCCGCACGAGUAGUGGACGUAAUCGACACCUUCGCCCCUGAGAUCUUCCCUGACUUUGAAUCGGAGAAGCUUAUCUCGCACGAACACCCCGAGGACGACACCUAUCAAUCCCGUCUCAAGAGCAUGCCCCCUAGCGAGCCCGAAAGUCGCAACCGCAGCAAAGACCGAACCAGCCGGAGCCGAUCCCGAAGCGCGGGAUUCCUGUAUGAUACGCUCCUCAAGCCCCUCUCCAUCAAAUCCAAGGACGAUCUUGGAGAAGUCAACCGCCGGAUUCAUGUCUCGAUGCAAGAGCGCGGUCGUCAACGUGUCCGGAACGAAAUCGACCCCGACGAAGAUGUGGUUUCGCUUGACGGUUCCAGCGCUCACAGCGGGGACAUUGCAGUGGAGGAGGUGAAGAAGACGAAAUAGUCGUCUUGGCUUUUCCGCCGAGGAUGGACGAGAACUACUACCUCUCGACCUAUGAACCCAUCAAUCAUCAGCACAAACCAACAAAAUCUCUCUUCAUGUCCAUGUUAGUUCACUCUCUGUCGGCUUCUUCUUUGAGCGGGAUUUCCGUAGCAUGGCGUAGGCCUUAUUAUUCGGCGUUUUGACAAAGCAUGUUCUGUUCUUGUCUUUUUUCUU